UGUGUGUGUGUGAUGACGCGGCGCGCCAAAGCGCUUAAACUAGCUUAAACGCUGAAACUAACUACGUAAAGAAACUACGUAACGUAACGUUAACUUAGUUACAACAGCCGGCAUCACAUUUUGAGCAUAUACGUGUGUGUGUGUGGACGCGACGCACCAACAGCUGUAAUAAUGAGUAAAAGGAUAUACGUUGUCUUGGUUGGAUGACCAGGCCGCCGCCACAGGUAACGACCAUGUUGACCAUGACCAAGAAUGUAAGUAGCGACGACGACUUCGAUGUGACGUCGAGCAGUGGAGAUUCGGAUGAGUCCGACCACAUUUCGCAACAGGACGCCGCAUCAUGCCCGUCCACAGUGACUACGGUUAUAAACGUGUACGGCAUCCUCCUAAACAGUGGAAAUGCGGGCCAGGCGCUGCUAAAAAAGAAGCUCGUAACGCUUGUGGGAGAGUACUUUGUACAUAAUAACAUUCACAUGACGCUGGGAGACGCCAGAUAUUUAGAAGCCAACAUGCGAAGGGUUUUUCCGCUGGAGCAAGAGGAAAAGUGGUGUGAUAGGUUCUAUACCUGGUUCACCAACAGGAAAACAAGAGAGAAAAAAAAGGACAAGGCCGCCGAUAUCCCAAACUCCAAAUCUUCGGUGAACAGCAACGGUCGCCAAAGGCUCCAAGCGGCUUUGGGACGUCACCACCAAAAGUCCGAAAGUCCCACAGAGACGGCGAGCAGUAGCAGCAGCAGCGACUGGCCAUUGAGGCGCUAUGGGGCGUCAGACUAUGCGCCACAUCCCACAGGGAUAGUGUUGCGACGCGUGGGCUACUACACGAUACCCUCGCUGGAUGAUCUCAAGUCCUACCUGGCCGAGGAUGGGUCCUGUGUGGUGCCCAAUUUCACCAUUGGACGCGAGGGCUAUGGCACUGUGUUCUUUGCCAUGGAAAUGGACGUGGCUGGACUGAAUCUGGAUGAGAUUGUUUACUUCCGUAACAAGGGGAUCAUCAUUUAUCCUGACGAUGAGAAGAGGCCGCCUAUCAACCAAGGCCUGAAUCGUGAGGCACAAGUCACCCUCGAGCAGGUAUGGCCCGUGAACAAGACCCAGACCCAGCCUGUGCUUGUUGUGAAGGAUGCGCAGCGUCUGAUCGAAAUGAAUUGGGAGGGACAUCUGCGUUGCGCCUGCUAUGCAAACGAUACGCGCUUCGUCGAGUAUCGCCCAGAGACUGGCAGUUGGGUGUUUUGUGUGAAGCACUUCUCCAAGUACGGCCUGGACGAGGACGAUGACAAGAUGACGCUCCAUUCGUUGCGGCCCAGCGUGUACCCGAGGAUAUGCGGCACAAGGUUCCGCGGCCGGUUCCUCGUCCAGUGACACAUCCGCGCGCGCACUCUUCUUCUUCGCCAAUUCGUCCUUUGACAGAAAACUGCUUUUUGGUAUUUUCGGUAUUUUUAUGCGGCCUAGCCCC